AUGCUUCUAGUGGUUCCUGAGGGGGCUUCGGCUGUGCGCUUAGGGGACAAUGCUUCCAUCAAGACCAAGCUCAAGGUCAAGAAUGGUAUCUUCUAUUCAAUAUCCUUUAGUGCAUCAAGGACUUGUGCACAAGAGGAGAAAUUGAAUGUGUCGGUCGCACCAAAUCCAGAACCUAAGGACUGGGGAAUUUUGCCUAUCCAAACAGUCUAUAGUAGCAAUUUGUUGAAAAAUGGCAACUUUGAACAAGGCCCAUACAUCUUCCCCAACACUAGUUGGGGUGUUCUAAUCCCACCCAACAUUGAGGAUGACCACUCUCCCUUGCCUGGAUGGAUGAUCGAGUCCUUAAAAGUCGUGAAAUACAUCGAUUCCGAUCACUUUAGGGUGCCCAACGGCAAACGAGCAGUUGAACUAGUGGCCGGGAGGGAAAGCGCUAUAGCACAGACAGUCAAAACCCAUCCCGGAAAAAUAUACGAUUUAAUAUUCUUGGUGGGAGACGCUAAGAAUAGUUGCGAGGGGUGGAUGAUGGUUGAGGCCACCGCAGGCAAAGAGACUGAACAAGUUCCUUACGAGUCCAAGGGUGCCGGAGGUUUCAAACGUGCACGGCUUAGGUUUAAAGCCAUAUCACGACACACUAGGAUAAGGUUCCUCAGUGAAUAUUAUCAUAUGAAGAGUGACAACUCGGGUUCACUGUGUGGGCCAGUGAUUGAUGAUGUCAGGCUGAUAACCGUUCCACGCCAUCCUGAACGUACUAAUAAAACAACAUGAAUUAUGCUAAUGUUUAUGUGAGUUGCCCUCUACCUUGAAGGUUGCAUUCUUUACUUUUCAUUUUGUCAUGGAGAUUGGAAGUUGUGGUUUUAGCAGGUUGGACCUUUUUUUAUUCUUUUUUUUU